AUGGACGAUAAACUAUCUGAUCUCCUCAAGUCCCCAGAUGUUACUGUUGAAGAUCUAUUGCUCGAAGAUAAUACAGUACAGGAGAUUAGGAACGGCAACCAGAAAGUUAUUGAGUUUUUGUUAAAGAAAAAGAAUAUGAAAGAUCUACUUAGCUACAUCCUUGAGGAACCUCCAGCUGAUGCUUCUCACAACAGAGGUCAUAAAUUCCCCUUUAUGGUCAGUGAGAUUUUUGGAAAUUCUAUGAGCAAGCUCUUCGGAAUCUUUUUCUCAGACGAGCCCGAAGAAGACCCUAGCAACGCUAAGAACGAUGAAGACGAAGGAGAUGAAGAGACUACUGAGGAAGAAGGUGACAAAGAAAGCCCCACAAGCGAAGAUGUUGACAAGAUAAAAUCCCUCCUCAAAAUCAAACAAGCAAUCAUGAAAGAGCAGGAACAAGAAAAGCCAACUGAAAAAGAGCCUGAAGAUAAGAAAAAUUUGGAAGAAAAAGCCCCUGAGACAACAGAUGAGCAAGCUGAAAAUACUCAAGAGGCAGAUACUGACAAAAAGGAUGAGCCUGAAGACCACAAAGAAGAGUCUGAAGACCACAAAGAAGAGUCUGAAGACCACAAAGAAGAGCCUGAAGAGCAGCAAGAGAAGGCUGAGAAAAAGAAGCAGCUGAAGAAGAGAAAUCUGAAGAAACAGAACAACCUUCUGAUACUAAAGAACCAGUUGAAGAGAAACAGUCUACUGAACCUGCAGCUGAUCCUGAGAAAGAAAAAAGAGGAUGUUCCAGAUUCGGAAGAAGUCAAGGAAAAACAAGAGGAGGACUCAGUUUCCAAAUCUGAUGAGAAAGUAGAAGAAACAGAAUCUCCUAAAGAAGCAGAAGAGCCUGAAAAGAAUGAAGCUCCAGAGGAGGAAGAGCAGAAAGAGGCCGAAGAGCCUGAUAAUACUUCUGAGCCAACCAUUUCAAAUGAUGAAAAAGUUAUAGAAACUUCUGAAGAAUCGAAUCAAGAGAAAGUGCCUGAAGAUAGUACUAAAAAUGAUCAGACUCCAUCCGAGGAAAAGGAAGAACCUUCUGAAGUCACCAAAGAACAGACUGAUGAAAAGGAAGAGACCACUGAUGAAAAGGAGGAAGCUGCUGAAGAGAAGGAAGAAGAGGACAAGCCUGAAGCUUCUCAAGAAGAGGAGAAAGAAGAAGCAGUAUCUCCGGCUCCUACUGAGCAAAUAGAGGAAGACCCAGAAUUAAAGAAGCCAAUCACUGAAUAUUUAGUCGAUUUUAUCCGGACAGAUGAGGAACUAAAUCCGGUUCUCUGUGGGUAUUUCUGCAAACUUUUGAAUACCAUUAUCACCCAGAAUAAGGAGAAGUUCUUCUUGUAUGCCUUUGAUCCUGCAAACAGCAUGAUCGAGCACUUCACCAAGCAUGUAUACAACAGAAGUAUUGCUGAUCUGUUCAUUAGAAUUAUUAAAGACUGUAAUGAAGAUGCUUCGACCAAGCUUGAAAUUCUUUCUGGAAUAAUAGAUGGUAUCGAGUCCCAACAGUAUGAAGGAAAACUCAACUCUGCUCAUAUCAUAAAGGAGCUAAUGGAGAUCAAGAAUAUCCUAGAAGUGCUCAAGGAAAAGGAAAUCAAUGUUAAGCUAUUUGAUCUGCUGAAAUCAGACGAUGAAAUGACUGUCCAAGUUGUCCUAGACAUCUUAAACACUUUGUAUAAGAAGUUCCCCUUCUAUGUGCCAAAGAAGAGCAAUGAUGCUGAGGAGGAUGAGUUCGCAAAGAACUACUUAUCCUCUAGCGAUACUGACGAAAUGGUUAUCAUUCCAUAUAUAGAUAAGCUACUCAUUGAAAAGUUACCCUUGGUCGAAGAAAUCCUUGAAAGAGAGACCGAUUCAGUCCUAGAGCAGCAGUAUGGGGAAACUAUCAAGCCAUUUGGAGCAGUUAGGAUGGGAAUUACAAGAUUUAUUGCUAAUAUCAUUGCUGUCGGAAGUCAAGACUAUGCUCUCAAGCUAUCAUUAUGCCUACCAUAUCUACUCAAAUACUGUGUUGAAUAUCCUUGGAACACAAUGCUUCAUAACUUGGUCGAACAAAUAUUCGAGGAGAUCUUUAAGGCAAAUUCAAAAUACAAGGAUGAUAUCAGAACAGCUCUGUUAGUAGAGACUUCAGUCACUGAUUUCAUUACUGACUGUGCUAUCGAGACAGAGAUGAAGGGCUCAGGUAGAAAUAUCAGAACAGGUCUUAUUGCUACAGUUAUCAACAUUGCAAAUAUCUUGAACAACCACAAAAGUGAAUACGUUCAGGAAGAAUUGAAAAAGAAUGAGAAAUGGACUACUUUUGUAGACACUGAGCUCAAGUAUUCAAAUGAAAACAACGAGAGAGCUCUGGCUGGCCAUCAAAGUAAGACUGGAGACUCUGAUGACGAUUCUGCUAACUACCAGACAAGCAUGGAUAAACUCUUUGCUGCUUUCACCAGUUUAAAAGAAUCUCAUGAUAGUAGCAGAGAGUUAUCAGACUCAGAUGAAGAGGAAGAAGACCAAAAUACUGACAAUAUUCUUGAAGGCAUCGAUUCCUCUGAGGAUAAGAAAGAUCAGAAUGAGAAAGAGCAGACUAAGGAAAAGGCUUCAGAGGAACCUGAGAACACUGAAUCUAAGAUACCAAAGAAUCAGAUGAUAAGCAAGAAGCUGGGAAACCAAAGGACACUCAAGAGAUUAAGGUCUCUGAGGAAGCCCAAGAGACUGAAAAUGCUAAGAACCCUGAAAAUACUAAAGGGUCUGAGCAUUUCAACAAGUCUGAGGAAGUUCAAGAUACCGCAAAGGUUGAGAACUCUGAAGAUAUUCAAGUUUCUAAUGAUUCCAAGCCUUCUUUAG